UGUUUCACACAAUCCCUUUGUUUUCUGUUUGCUGACUUGUUAAGUCAGGUCAACAUUUAUUUUCCUAACUCAUCACUCGUCUGUCUUCAGUAAAGCAACUUUCUCUGUGUUAAUCAGCCUUUCAGCUCAUUUGUGAAAAGAAUGUAACGUGAACAUGUGACUCCCUAUAUGAAAUUAAUCAAUGUUCAAUGAGAGGACGAUUGUGUGUGUGUGUGUGUGUGUGUGUGUGUGUGUGUGUGUGUGUGUGUGUGUGUUUGUGUGUAGGUGUUCUUCCUGUGGAGUCUGUGAUCCAGGUGACUGGAUAUGUAGGCAAAUCAGCAGUGAUCAGAUGUCCCUAUGAUAGAGGAUAUGUGGGAUACUCCAAGUACCUCUACAGUUCAGACUAUCAUGUCCAGACUAAAGCAGGUCAGACCAGAGCAAUCAAAGGGAGAUUCUCUCUGCAUGAUAAAACCACUGGAGUCUUCACAGUGACCAUCACUGGACUGACUGCAGAGGAUUCUGGACAGUACUGGUGUGGGGUUAACAAAUAUGGAAGAGACCUCUACACUGAAGUGGACCUAAAUGUUAUAAAAGGUCCCCCUCCCACCCCAAACCCAGCACGUGUGUCCUCCACUGAACACCAAACUGUCUCAUCAUCACCUUCAUUUUCACCUCCAGCUUCCAACACCUCCCAGUCUGGAAACGAGACAACCACUAGUGACCAGGAAACAGUUGCUGAGCAUCAGGAGGACCCAGAAGAAUCUGUCGUUAUGGUGAUCCUGUGUGUUGUGGUGCUGGUGGUCAUGGUGACGGUGUGUGUGUUAGUUUCAGCCCUCUACUACAGACAGAGGAGGACCAAGCAGACAGCAGCAUGUGGCCCAUCCAGCCUUCACACUAGCGAUCACAUGGAGGAGGCCAGUCACACAAGGCUCAGACCAGCCCAUCUACUGCAACUCCCAGCAGGACGUCAUCUACUCCAUUUGUAAUUUUGCCUGAAGAAACUACAUCCCCCACAAUGCACUACUCAUGUGUAGUUAACACCGUUAACACUCCAUCUGCACUGGAGCAGAACAGGGAGGGUGAUAUUAUCUACUCAGAAGUACAGCUCUCAGAAAUGUGAGUCAAGCAGUAUUUUUAAUUUGUAUUUAAAUACAUGUUCGUAAAUUAAUAUAAAAGUAUGUAUAAUGAAGGCCUGAGUGCUGUGUAUGCCAUGAUUAUGAAUUCUGUAAAUAGUACCUUACAGCUCCCUGCAAUGUUUCUGGCAUAUAAUAAAUAAAUAUUACCACAAUGGUUGUAGUCUUUUGUGACUUAUCACUGUUGCAUAAGAGAUCAUGGUCU